AUGUACGACAACUACACCUUAAGUUCUGAUGACAUAUGUUUCAAUUGGAAUGAAAAGAAACCCUCCGAACAAUAUUAUCCAAAUGAUUCUUCUGACCAGAGUCUAACACCACAAUCUUUAAGAUCUUCUAUGCAUAGGUUAUCAGAAAAGAAACAUCAACGAAAUGACACUUCACAAAUCGAAGGUUCUCCUUCCGUAGUUUCAGAUAUAAUAUUAAACAGACGAGAUCGCUCACAGGAUUUUUUUGGACCUCAUUCUUCAUCCCCUAUCGCCAGUUCAGAACGACAUCGAGCGGAUCAGAGAUCACGAUUGGAAUGCAUGAGAUCGACUAAACGUCGAGAAAAAAUGACCGAGUUACGUGGUGGUUUAGACAAGAUGGAAGAGAUGGUCAUGCAAGGAGAACAUUUUAGGGAAAUUCAAAGGCUAAAACAAGAAGCUCAAAAGAACUCAAUACCCUCAGAUAUAGCUGAGUACAUGGAGUGGCAAAAUAAUGAAGAUUUGGAAGACGAUGAGUUGCUUGCUUUCAUAGAGAAACAAGAAACCUAUAAAAAGGAAUUAGAGCAGCUUCUGAACAAGGGUGAUAAAGAGAGCAAUACUUUUUCAAACUCCUACUUAUAA